GCCGUUUGUCCCCUCUGAGGACCCGUCGGGCUCCAUGGCAACGCACGCAGCUACCGCCAGAGCUAGCUACCGUUAGCUCUCAGAUUGCGAUCUUUUUCUAACAAUUAACGAUAAAGAAACGGCGGGAAUGUGACUUUACUUCAAACAUACCGCCGUCUGUGUUUAUAUUAUUGUUAUUGCUGUUGUUAUUGUUGUUGUUAUUGUUUACUAAUGAACGUAAAGGACCGAACUGAACGAUUCAAACGUCUCUCACUGCUUCCUGACUUCCUGUUUGAGCCAUCGGUUGCUCCUGGAAACGUAAAUCUUCACAAACAACCUCGAUGUUUUUGAAAUGAUCGUUUGAAUUCCCAGAGAUGUGAGCCCUGUGACGGUUAAAGAUGUCCUCUCAGGAAGAGACAAUGCAAGUGCUGCCGAUCUGGGGGCUCGCCAUCCCUCUCCCCGCGGUGCUGAUGAUAACUCUGAGCCUUUACAUGGUCGUUCUGGGGAUUGGGCUGUGGAUCCGGUUCUGCCUUAAGGACCGUUGUUCCUCAGAGUGUGGAGAUUGCUGUCCAGACAUUUCUGUAUGUGAGCAGUGCUUCAGACUGGCAGAAGUGUGCAACUGUAGCCUGCCGACCAUCAACUCCUGUCGCUCCAACUCGUGUCCUGAUCCUUCUUGUGUCAAAUGGGACUGUGCCUGCACCUGUCAGCCUCCUGAGUGUGACUCCUGCAACUGUCUCUGCUUCGAGAUCAGGAUCAAGUAGGAGAGGAGAGGAUGGAGGAAGAGCUUCAGUCUUUGAGUACUUUAAGUGCUUUUUUAAAUGUCUGUCUUUAUUAGAGUUUACAGUGGAGAGAUUACCGGUCGCGCCACAAAAAAACGACUGUUUUUGAUCUUUUACCUUAAAAGAAAAAUGAUUCUGUUGUUGCCAUCAGAUGGCUUUUUUUAAAGAUAUUUUUUGGGGCUUUUCGUGCCUUUAUUUUGAUAGUAAAGACAUUUUUAUAUGUACAGUAAAAACAGUCGAAUGGCAAUCAUAUCGACUCACAGUACGUAUUAACAGCCAACGUAGUAUUCAGUCAUUCUACUCGUUUAAAUGGUCACAGAACGCUAAAACUCAACUCAACAUAAAAACUAGAUAGAUAUCUUUCAUUUUUAAAGGAGUAGAGGAAUUGGCUGCAGUGUUUACCAGGAGCAAAGUGCUACAGGCUUUUAUUUUGACACCAGUGUGACUGAGAGCUGGUUUUGUUGGUCUCUCUGACGUUACUGUGCCUUUUCUAAUUCUGUAUUUUGAGAAGCUUAAGGCUGGCGUUAAUCAAUAUUGUUCUGACUCAUAAUAAAUCUCACGUGCCGACUCGAA